AUGGUCAAUUUAUAGGUCUCGCACCCCUUCGUCAAUGCACCCGAGGUCCUCCGAAUAAUCCCUUUGGUUUUCUUCACGUUUACCGGUGAUAAUCACCCAAUCAAGAAGCCAUGGAUCUACAAUACGAAGUCCCUCCGCAACAACAAGAGGGCAAAGAAUGGUUCAAUUUCCCUACCGAGAUUGAACGCUCCCUCACCUCGGUCUUUGCUCCUCGGAACAUCCUCAUCGUCGGCGCUGGCAUCGCCGGCAUUUCCAGUGCCCUCGCCCUCUCCAAAGAACUGACCCCCUUCGUCCCCGACCUCCAGAUCACCGUCUUUGAACGCCAUGACAUCCUCUCCACCUCCGGAGGCGCCAUCAACCUCACCCCCGUCGCCCAACGACACCUCGACCGCCUCGGCGUCCUCGACGAGCUCGACAAAAUGGGUACCGAAGGCGGCACCGACGUCGAAGCCAUCGAGCUCUUCUCCAGCCGCUCCGGCCGCCCCCUAGGCAGCAUCGAUUUCACAGACCAGAAGGGGAACGGGUUCGGUGGAUACAAGGGCCGCCGGGUAAUGCGGAUCGUCCUCUCCGUUGCCAUGCUGGCCGUGGUGGAGCGGACGAAGAACAUCAACGUGGUAUUCGGGAAGAAGCUGGUCCGCGGCGAAGAAAACGAAGACGAAGCCACCCUGCAUUUCCAAGACGGCACCACCGCAACCGGGGACCUGGUCCUGGGCUGCGAUGGCGUGCACUCGGCUACCCGCACCCACUGGGUGUCCCCGGAACAUCCGUCCGAGUAUACCGGGAUCUCCUUCCUGCAGACCGUCAUCGAUGCCAAGAGUAUCAAGUCUCCGAUUCAUUUUCGCUCUACCUCGAUGAACAUCUCCCGCCAUGGCUCGUUACUAGCGAGCUACUGUGACCGAGAACACGAUCAGAUCUUCCUGGCGGCUAUCGUGCAGUUCAAUGAGGCCAAUUUGCCCUACUGUAAGAUCGAGAACGGACAGGACUGGGUCACGCAGCAUCGGAUCAAGAAUGCCUUGCAUGAGGAGAUGCAGACCCGCUUCGGGAAAUCCGGUGUCCCUUGCAUCCGCGAGAUGACGAAAAAGGCGGGUGAUUGGAUGCUCUACCCUGUGUACCAGGUUCGGCCGAAUGCCCGUUGGCAUACGGAUCGGGCUUUACUGCUCGGUGAUGCUGCACAUGCUAUGCCCCCCCGCGACGAAUCGGCCGCCUACGCCCUAGACGACGCCAUCCUCUUCUCCCGCAUCCUCGCCAAACACCGCCACGAACCCCUCCCUGUCGCCUUCAAAGCAUACGAAGACCUCCGUCGCAAUACCGUCAACACAGCCUUCAAGGCUUCCCGUCGCAUGUGGGAGAAGAACCGCGACAUGGGUUACCUUGAGGGCCGUCUCAAAGAAUGGACUUUCCCAAUCUACAUCCGGAAUCAUAGACAAGAGAGAGAAGCGGCGUGGGAAUUCGAUGCAACGCAGAUCACAAUCCCCAUGCCCGUUGAGGGGGGGUCAUUGUAUUCUCAUGGGAAAUCGGACACUUCAUAGAACAAGGUGAUGUCUUCUUGCCUUUUUUUGCACGCUU